CCCUACGGUCAAAGCAGGAAGUUGCUGGUGUCAAGGAUCGAAACACCUCUUCGGAGUCACAUCAGAAAUCAGCUGGAAAAAUGGAUACAAAUUCUGGUUUAAAGCCAGACAUGGAAGCUGCUCAUUGCAUGAAUUAUUACUCUGGAACACAGUCAAACCAAGAAUAUUAUGGCUGCACUGAUUUCAAUGUGACCUCACAGUCAUAUGAGAGCGUGGCUGGUCACAAGAAAGGAUCUAAUCCAAUCCAUCAAAAUACUUUUUCAAAAUUUCACACUGACUUGUAUUGCCUUAAGGAUCAAAACGUCGACGGACAGUCAAACAAGGAAGAUGUUGGUUGCAAGCAUGAAAAGGAUAGAACUUUUGGUCAAAACAAUCCAAAAACAGGUUCACAUUCAUGUAAGGAUGUCCCUGAAAAUAAGAACAUCGAAUCUAUACCAAAGCAAGAAAAUUCAGCAGCUGGUCGUAAUGAUCAAACUGCUAACCUACAAACACAACAGACAAAUGCUGGCCAAAAACAUCAAAAUACUAGCAAACAAGCGCUGACGGAAAGUGCUGCUCGCGAGGGUCAAAAUGCCUGCCCACAGUCAAAUCAAAAAUUUUCUUGUAGAAAGGAUCACAACGCUUACCCACAGUCUGACCAGGACGUAGCUGGGGAACGGGAUACAACUUCUGCUCCAAAGCCAGAAAUUGAUCAAAAUGCUGGGCCUCAGUCAAACCAAGUAGCUGCUGGUAACAAGAAUCAGGAAAUUACUGGGGAAAUGGAUCAACAUCCUUACAAAGAGCCACACAAGGUAGCUGCAGAUGACAAUGGCCAUUACUCUCUUCCACAGUUACAUCAGAGAUAUUCUGGUCGUAUGGAUCAAAUCGCUGGUUCACAGUCACAUCAGAAUGGUGUCGGAAAAGAGAAUAAAUCGUCAAGCCCAAAGUCACACAAGGAAGGUACUAAUCAUAAUGAUCAUAUUUUAGACUCACAAGCGGAAGGGGAAAGUGUUGGUCGCAAUAAUCAAAAUAACUCUUCAGAUUCAUGCCAGGAAGAUUAUGAUCACAUGUAUCAAAACCCUAUCCCACAGUCCUGCACUGACGUAGCAUGUCACAAGAAUCAGAUUGACAAAAACAAGGAAAAUAUUGGUUGCAAGGUUCAAUAUACUGGGUCUCAGUCAAACCAAGACGAUGCUGACCCACAGUCACAUCCGGAAUUAGCUGGGGAAAGGGUUACAAGAUCUUGUCCAAAGCCAGAUAAGGAUACUGUUGGUUGCGAAAAUCAUAACUCGAGCUCACACUCUGGUCGUACUGAUCAAAAUGCUACCUCACAGUUACAUCAGACUGUUGCAGCCUACAGAGAUGAUUUUUACCUCGAGGAUCUUAACCCUAGCACACACUCACACACUGACAUAGCUUGUCGCAGGGAUCAAACUGGCGACCGACAGUCACACACAGAAGAUGCUGGUUCCAAGGAUAAAAGUCUUGGCCCGCAAUUCCAAUCAAGAAGUUGCUUGUCACAAUGCUCAAAACGCUAGCUCACACUCAAACAUGAGUGGUCAGCGGGAUCGAAAUGAUGGCCGACAGUCAAAGCAAGCAGAUAGCUGUUGCAAUGUUCAAAAUGCUGGCGAAGAGUCACAUCAGGAAGUGACUGGUCUUAUGGAUCACAUCAAUAGGUCAAAUUUACACCAUGACGUAGCCUGUCAAAGAGAUCAAAAUGUUGGCCAAGAGGCACACCAUGCUGUCGUUAUUGAGCAAACUGAACAAUCACGUUGGCCACAAACACAACAGGAUGUUGUCAGAUACAAUGCUCAACCUCCAGGUUUCCGUUUACAUAAUGAUCGAGACGAUCGCCAUGGCGACUAUCGCCGUUCAUCUAUGGUUUCUCCAUUUAUAGAAUAUUUACAUGACGAUCAUCCUAGGAUAGCAGCUGAAAGGCGGAAUGAUAAUCUGCGAAUUCCAGAUAUAAUAUUGGAAAAUGACUUCUUAUCUGGAGAGUUCAUUGCAAUACAUUAUCAGAUCCUACAAGAUAAUAAUCCGUACAUGGGAUACGGAAUGCCGCCUAAUUUCGUACGACUCGAUGGACAUCCUAGACUCGAUGCUACCAAUCUGAUACCACAUCCAAAUCAGCAGAUGCUUCAACAGGAUAGACGGAACUUUGUCCUACAACAGCGGGGCACUGAAGAGUGGAGAGAGGGCCAUGUUCUUUCACCAAGAAACGGAGGGUUCAGUGAGAGGGCGCAGAUGAGACCUGUAAUCAGUGUCAGGAAUUCAAGGGGGUAUAUGUGGAGAGAGGGCCAUGUUCUUUCACCAAGAAACGGAGGGUUCAGUGAGAGGGCGCAGAUGAGACCUGUAAUCAGUGUCAGGAAUUCAAGGGGGUAUAUGUGGAGAGAGGGCCAUGUUCUUUCACCAAGAAACGGAGGGUUCAGUGAGAGGGCGCAGAUGAGACCUGUAAUCAGUGUCAGGAAUUCAAGGGGGUAUAUGUGGAGAGAGAGCCAUGUUCUUUCACCAAGAAACGGAGGGUUCAGUCAAAGGGCGCAGAUGAGACCUGUAAUCAGUGUCAGGAAUUCAAGGGAGUAUAUGACUCAUAUUGGAAGUCCAGUACUUCGACUUCCUCAAAAUGGAAUUGACCAUGAAAGAAUGUGCCUGGUCUGCAGAAACCGACGUGCAGUUGCACAAUUGCAACCGUGUGGGCACGUUGUCUACUGUGACGUGUGUGUUAGCUCACAGCCGUCCUGCCAUGAAUGCGGUGAACUAGUGGAAUAUUUCAACUUAUAAAAUGGCAGUUAGUUUUUCCCUUUCAUUGUUUGUUUGAUUGAGACAGUCUUUGAGUUGGCAACUUGUGAACACCUGCAAUCUUAAUUUUAUUUUUGAUAUCAUUUUUAUAAACUAUUUUAGGAAAAUCCUUGUUGAUAUAAACAUCGUUCUAUUUUUAUAUUUGUCAUCAAAUUAAACAUGUAUGACACGAAAAAUAUCAAUGUAAUUAUAAAGGCUAUAGGCAUAUGUAGGUCCAAUGACCAUGUGAAUAUAUAGUCAAAGGGAAGCAACUUUGUCCACCAACAUCAAGAGAUAAAUUAGACGGUUAAAAAUGCAAUGAUAAAUCAACAAAAUAUAUUCUUUAAUUCCUGUAGAAAAAUAAUAUGUUCAUUUAUUAUACUUGCCUCACCAAUCUCAAGUCGAGUUUACCAAAAAUGUCAUGGAGAAUCAUAUAUUCUCUCCCUUGGUACAUUCAUAGCAGGCAUAGGAAAUGAGCUUUUACAAAUAUAUGUAAAAGGGUUCCAAAAGUAUACAGACAUAUAUACAAAAUAGCUAACAAUAUAAUAAAGCUUAAAUAUCACCAUCAUUGAAUUAUCUUCAAUCGGGGUAUUUGGGUAUUUGUUCCGAGGUAGAGGAAGAGGGAUUGUAUACUUUUUUUGAUAUGCUUAUCCCCUGAAUAUAACAACAACCAUAUAUUAAUAUUUUAUCAAAUGUGGUCAUAUUGAUGUAGGGAGUUUAUCAGUGAGUCUAUCUUUGUUGAUAUGCAUGUGGUGAUCAAAAAAUUAAUAUAUAUCAGGCAAUUGAAACAGAAAACAUAAAUGUUUUUUUUUCAGUUUCAAAUAAUGCCCCACAUUCAUAAGAAAGAAGGUUCUUCAUUUAAGUGGUUGUUAAGGAGGUCUAGAGAUUUUAGAGAACUUUCAGAAUUUCUUGAUUGGCAUCAAUCUGUAUUGUAUUUGCUGAUUCUAUAAAAUUGGAAAAUACUUUUGGCUUCAUGUUCACCCUGAUUUGAAUUAUUCAUAUACAAUGUAUAUCCUUAUUCAAAUUGAGAGUUUCUUACUGUAAUGAUUAAAAUAAUAGAGUAUUCUACUGUCUAAAGAAAACUUGUUGAACAACCUCAAUUUCUGUACAUAUAUAGGUAGGGAUAAAACUGUGUUGGUAACUUGGUACCUAUGUAUCAUAAGUGCUUUUUUUAUGUAUGACUGAACAAUUCUAAAUACAUAUGUAUGAGUUUAAUCAUUAAGUAUUUUAUACAUUAGUAACAAUUCCAUGUUUCCUUCGCUCUAUUAAAGGUCCAAAACUAUAUUCAUUUUAAAGUGUUGUAUGUGAGGCUUUUUACGUAAACCAAUUACUAUCAAGAUUUAUAGACUCUGAAAAGAAUUAAUCUGCAGUUAUCCUAUACGGCAUCAGCAGAUUCUGGUACUGGUCUAAUAUCAGAAAUAAACAAUAUACGAUACCUCACGUCGAUGUUAUUUUGUAAUACACACACAAAAUGUCUCCAGGUCAAAUUUAGGUCAGUUUUACAUGAAAAUGUUCAGGUAAUUUUGACCUUCAAAGAGCAGAUUAGUCAAUUCAUGUCAAAUUUAUGUCAAAAAAUUGACAUAAAUUUGACCUUAAAUUGACCUAAAUUCAAAUUCAGGUCAAUAUAUUUUCAGUUCAAAUUUACCUCAAGACAUUUUGCCUGUGAAGUCUUAGAAUGUUUAUUUUUUUGCAGUUAAUACAAACACAAAUUAUCAUUGAUGUAUAAUAAAUGGGCCUAGAACUGAGCUCUGGGGAUCACCAGCUUUUCAAAAAUGUUAAAAUAUUGAAUGAAAUCUUCAUUUCUUUCCCGAAAUAUAAUCAUAAAAACCUUUUAAGAACAUUUCCUCCUUUUACAUCAUAAAGCUCUAAUCUAUGCAAUGCUCCUUCUUGUAGGACCCUGUCAAAUGCCUUGUUAUAUCAUAGAAAUUUAAUCUUAGUUCCUUGUUUGCAUCUACGCUUCUUAUCAUAAUUGUGUAAUAAAUGGAAGAUAGUGUAUUUACUGUUUAAUCUUUUGGCAAACAAAUCGAUAUCAGAGUUAAUAUAAUUGUUGUGUGUUACGUGAUGAAGUUGAGGAGAGACAGCAUGUGUAUCAUUCAUACCUUUGAAAGAUUAACACAUCUUACAAAUGAUUCGUGUUCAUUGGUCGAUAUGUUAAAUGGCGUAAUAGUAUAUCAUCAAAUGUAUCCGGAAUUUUUGGGAUGUUUAUUCACUUUAACCUAUUCCUGUACUGUUUCUUCCUGCUUACAUUAUUUGAUUUGCUUAAUGAUUGUGUAUGAUUAAAAUACAUUCACUGAA